AUGAUCUCUUCCAGGCUGUUCACACAAAGUCUGGUUUUCACCACCAGAAUCGGCGUCCGCUCCCCCAUCUCGUCCAUUUUCUCCACCAGAAAUCUUCUGCUAAAACCUGAUUUCUCCAAAUUAAAGAAGAUCGAGCAGCCUCCAGGCCAUAUCGUGGGAAAUGUCAACGACGCAUACAAAAUUCCUUUGGUGAGUCCGUAUGAAGGUAACUACCACUGGACAUACGAGAGAAUCUUAGCUAUUGGACUUGUUCCACUCACUGCCUUCCCAUUUGCUCUAGGCUAUGAGUUUCCUAUGGUGGACACAGCAUUCUGCUUGACAGUAUUAUUCCACGCUCACAGCGGCUUCAAGUCAUGUAUCAUUGACUACAUCCCACUUAGAGUGUACGGGUUCUGGCACCAUGCAGCCAGCAAGUUGUUGUCGUUGGGUACUUUUGUGUCCAUGUAUGGUAUCUACGUUCUUGAGACAACCGAGAAUGGUCUUUUCGAUUUGAUUGCUAGACUCUGGGGUGCUUAA